UCACCCAAACAAGUCAAUCGCGUUCAAUUCACGAUCGUGCUAAUUAACACAUAUCACACACAAAACAUGGCCCUCCUGAGGAUUGCUACCAUCUUCGUGGUCUGCAUGCUGGCGAUGGCAGCGUGUGCACCAGCCCCAAUUUUCUUCAAGAAUAAGCACGAACAUGUUGUCAUUCACGUACCGUACCACGUUCACGAUGUCCACCAUCAUCACGUGGAGAAGGUGGCGUAUCCGGUGGUGAAGCACGUGCCCAUCUACAAGACUGUCCAUGUUCCAGUGCCAGUCUACAAGGAGAUCCACCACCCCGUACACCAUCAUGAUCUCCAUCAUCAUGAUGUUCACUACGAUGGGUGGCACGGUGGCUGGUGGUAGAGAGUACCCCUUUCUUCCUUGUGAGAUCCUCUGCGAGUGAGUCACGAAAUUCAGUGCCAAUGAUGCACAGAGUGCACCACACCUGUACAUAGUUCAAUUAUCCCUCCAAUGGGACCUCCUCAUUGACUUCAAUACACACAAAAUAUACUCCUACCAUGUUAACCAAUAUUAUUAUUAUUAUUUCUUCUGUAAGAGAAGCAAUAAAAAGAUCACGUUGAAAAUCACAAAACUA